AUGGAGUCACUGAGAUUUAUUAGUAUGCCUCGCACAUACUCCGUGAUGCGGAAAUUGUCAACACGUCACACUACCGUAUUCCGACAUGGACUGCUGACCCCAAACAACCCUCAAUUACCAGCAAUUACUUGGAUACUAGGGGCCAAGAUGAGUUCCCUGUCAGCCCCUCCAGAAAGCCUUCUCCAUCCAAUGAAUUUUCCUCGGAAGUUGCUGAUGGGACCUGGUCCCUCAAACUGUCCUCCAAGGAUUCUCAACGCCAGCGCCCUACCCGUCCUGGGCCACCUCCACCCGGAGUUUACCAAGAUAAUGGACGAGGUUAAAAACGGUAUCAUGUAUGCCUUUCAGACCAACAAUAAGUGGACAGUGUGUGUAUCUGGGACAGGUCAUGCAGCCAUGGAAGCAGCGUGUUGUAACUUACUACAGCCAGGGGAGACCACUCUAGUAAGUGUCAACGGCCUGUGGGGUGAUCGCUUUGCUGACAUGGCAGAAAGAAGUGGUGCUGUUGUUAAGAAAAUGCACAAGCCCAUGGGGCAAGUAUUCAGUCUGGCAGACAUUGAGCAGGGCUUGCAAAAAUAUAAACCGGCGUUGCUGUUCAUUACCCAUGGUGAAUCAUCAGGUUCCACGUUACAGCCGCUAGAGGGCGUAGGAAAACUUUGUCACAAAUACAACUGCUUGCUUCUCGUGGACUCCGUGGCGGCGCUAGGUGGCGUCCCCAUGUACAUGGACGAUUGGGAAAUUGACGUGUUGUACACGGGAUCACAGAAAGUGUUGAGUGCUCCCCCAGGAGCCAGUCCGAUCUCCUUCUCGGAAAAGGCCAGAGCUAAAGUGUUAAGUCGAACCGUUCCUGUGAGAUCAUUUUACUUCGAUAUGAACCAUCUUGCUAACUACUGGGGGUGUGACGAGGGACCCCGAAGGUAUCACCACACAGGCCCUAUCGCAAGUGUGUACGCCCUGAGGGAGGGUCUAUCCCGAUUGGCUGAGGAGGGGUUAGAAGAAAGCUGGAACAACCACAAACGAUGUGCGGAGAUGUUACACGAUGGCUUGGCUAGUCUUGGUCUAGAACUACUCGUCACAGACAAGUCAGUUCGCCUUCCCUGUGUAACCGCUAUCUGGGUUCCCUCUGAUGUCAAUUGGAAGCACGUGGCAGAUUACGCUAUGAACACGUACAGGGUUGAGAUAUCCGGCGGACUCGGAGAUUUAGCCGGGAAAAUUUGGCGAAUAGGAAUCAUGGGAUACAAUGCUACCCCUGACAACGUAAAACUGGUGCUGCGGGCAUUGAAGGAAGGGAUCCAACAGGACAGACAGAAGCAGUCAAAACUGUAA